AUGGAGAUGCCUCAAGUUGCUGGAGAAGUACCAUCAAACGCUGCCAUCUUUCAAAUCCAGUUGAUAGACAGACACACCAACUUUAAUCAUGUAGAAAGGACAGAAAGUGAGCAGGGAGCAGGGGCUUUUGUCUGUAAGUAUCUGCAACGCCAAGCCACAGAUUUGUGCUGCCUUCUCUGUCUCUCUCUUUGUUUCUUUCCAUUUCUCUCUUGCCCUCAGCUGGACUCUGCUGCAGCAGAUUCACUUGCCUCCUGGCUCCACAUUUCCAGCAGGCUCUCUCCAAGGAGAUGGGAAGGAUUCUUCUCCUUGUGCUACUUGAGCGAAACUGCAGUCUCAAGAUUUAACAGUCUAAAAAUGGUUUAUCAGCCAAGGUUAACAGUUUGGGUUAACCAGAAUCUCUUUCCAACCAGCCAAGGAGAUGGAGGAUUUCCUAAGGGAUAUCUUCUUAUCCCGAAAGAAGUAAAUCGCAAGAAGAACAAGGAGACUGAAGCUUUGUUCCUGAUUCCACCAAAUGACUAUGGACACCAUUUCACCAAAAUCAAUUCCCUCUACUCCUUUUAAUCAUAAUUCCUCCAUUUGUAUUGCAUAUGGUGUAUGGGUUUGAUGAGGUCAUGGUGUCAUAUAUCGGGAAUUGUUUCUGUGUAAAUCAUCAAGUGUAAGAAGAAACUAUGGGACUCUGAGCCUUGCUUUAGAGAAUUACAGUGGACAAAUGUGUAUUAUAAAACUAGUUUUUAACAUUCUGACUCAAGAAAAAGCUCUCAGAAUUUCACACUGUGAAUCCAUGUUUACAAAACAUUACAGGUGGGCCUUCAGGCCUGGUUCGACUACAGCAAUGUCUUCCACUACUCAAACUCCACUGCUCACAUGCAACUGGUAAACAGCUGCCUCUCCAUUUCCAUCAUUCCUAACUGCUUCUUGCAGAGGCUGAGAGUCCCCCUUUUUUCAUUUAGAUGUAACAAGCCUAGUAGUUUAUUUUCAUCAAUUGUCUGUAUAGCUCUAUAUUUUAUCCAUGUACUCUUUUGAUGUAUAGAAGUAGUAUGAAACUCAUGGUUUCCUUGUGGUAAGUGAUUGUGAUGCUGCCACGGGAUUUGAGACACUGAUGAAUGGUGCUAUUUUGGACUUUAAACAUGCUCCUUGGCAAGGUAGCUCUGAUGGAGUUAUUUUUUAUUUCCAUGUUCUGAGAAGGUGUUGGUACUUUGUUUUCCUGAAUGUUGUUCUUUAGAUUGGACUGACUUGUUUCCUUGUGUCUUCAGUGUGGCUUUCUUAUUCAGUGCUGUAGGUGAGUAACUACUAAUAGAGUAAAAGAGAGGAACCUAUUCCUUAUCAGGGUACACUCACAAAUAUGCAGUUGUAGUGGGAGCAGUCACAAAACUGUAAUUUACUUAAAAUCUCCUUUCUGUAUCCUGUCCACCUAACUUGGAGAAAAACGAGCAAUAAUUUUCCAGGGGUCUUUAGAAAUCUCUUACACUUUGUCUUUUCUAAAAGGCUUUUUUGAAAACAGAGGCACGUUUUAAUGUCCUCUUAAAAUCAAUAACAUAGGUGAUACGUGAAUAACUGUUUCCUCCAACUUCAGAAGGAGAAAAUUGUAAAAAGCAAAGAGCCUAUUUCCACACUAUUGUCAACAUGUGGCUCUUACACUUUUGUAGUUGCUCCCAGGGAAAUACCAACAAACAAACAAACACACAAACAAAAAAGCAGUAUCAUCUACUCAUGGAAUGUUGUUGUGUUAGACACAGUCUGAAAGCCCACCUUAAUUUUUUAUAUAACUCUGUCUUUUAGCUGUUCCUUUUACAGGGCAGGCCUUGUUCUGAACUGUUUUCGCUUUUGACUGUUAAUACCAAUGCAUGCACUGCAUUUCUUGGGUUUCUCCCUCCAUCCAUGCCCUGUAUUCCCUUUCCUGUAUAUUUUCUUUUCUGAUAGAUUAGAUACAUCAACUGUGCUGUAUAUAGAGCAAGAAACAGUAUUCAGCAGUUGUGGCAUUUAUGUAUAGGUGCAGUUGUGUACUGCUGAAAAUGCAGGCUUUUGUAACAAUGUGAUCUUUAAUAAUGCACUACAAGUACCCAAUGUAUUUUAGCUAUUUUAGUAGGAUUUGUUCAAUAAAUAUGCAAGCUCUAAGGGUA